CGGUUUCACCAUAGAGUGAAAUGUAGUAAACGAUGAUGGGAAGUUUGGGUGAGAAUUAUUUGUUGUAGCUUUGUGUUUUCUUGCUUGUUUGUGUUAUAAGACAGCCUUCAGUUGAACACUUUAUUCAUGACAUGAUUAACCACGAUGACUUGCAAAUAUUUUUUAUCUUUAUUGUUUCUAAAGUAUUUGUUCCGUUACUAGAACGUCAUCUGUGAUUCAAAUAUGGAGAGAAAUACUUUAAUAUAGUCAGUGGUGGAAAGUGACCAUCACAUUUACUCAGGGACUGUACUUAAGUACAAUUUUGCGCUACUGAGUAUUUUCUGCUACUUUAUAAUUCUACUCCCCUGGAACUCAGGGAAGAAUAUUGUACUUUUUACUCCUCUACAUUUGUUUGACACCUAGCUAGUUAAAUAUUAUUAACUUUAUGUUUUACAUACAAAAAAUACAUAUUUAAGUAUCGAUAAUAAGUAAUAUAAUAUAUGAUAGUUUAACGCUCAGGAAGGAGUCAUCCUGCAUUAUGAGUACUUUAACGUUAUUAAUUUAAGUACAUUUUGCUGAUGACAUCUUGGUGCAACUUCUUACUUUUACUAUAGUGAAGAAUAUGAAUACUUUCUUCACCACUUAAUAUUGUACAUUAGAAACGGUCUUUGGUGUUGAUCUCGUGCAUUAAGUCGUUACCAAGCAGCGGUUUAAAACUUUUUUUUUGUUUAAUUCCUCUAUCUAUCCGUGUAUCUUCACUUUGUGGGUGAAGUUUUGUAGUCCACUAAAUACACAUUUGUUCUGCCUAAAUGGAGUUUUUGAGAAGGUGUAGUUCCUGGACCACUAUGCAGCUGGUUAACCAAUCAGAUGCCAGCAGCUCCUGUGUGGGCGUGGCUUCCUCACAGUUACGACACGCCGCACCGGCAGGUUAAUUUAUCAAUGAGACGCCGCCACAACUUUCAUGUUCCAGCACGGAGUUCCUGUGGCGGGGAGGUCCAGGUGUGUCUCUGCUCCAGCUAUUAGUCAGAAGGAUUCACGCUGACAGAUAGCUUGUUUGCGGUUAUUUUUCGGGCCCUCGACGGAGAGAAAACUUGACUGCGAGGCAGAGGCAGAAGAAGACCACCUUUUUAAUUACACAGGAGGUCUGUCACACAACCCUCACCGUGCCCUUUAUGUUAUUGAACGCUUUUGAAAAUGAUUCAAUUAUGCUAGUAGCUAACCAGUGGCUUCAGUCUGCGCAACAGUCUCCCCAUCCUGCAGAAGACUUGAGGAGGCAGGCUAGAGAGGGUGUGCAAACGUUUCAGAGUGGACAGCAGCACAGUGAAAGAUCGGCAAGAGGAGGACAAACAAAAGAUUUUGUGUGUUGAAAAAAACUUAGAAGAACUAUGGAACUGUCACUGACUCACCCAGCUAUCAAAGCCUUCAUGUGUGGCUCCCUCAGUGGGAUUUGCUCCACGCUGCUUUUCCAGCCGCUCGACCUGGUCAAGACCCGUCUGCAGACUUUGCAGAGCGGCGUGCAGCCUGGUUCGGGCAGAGUGGGGAUGGUGACUGUGCUGCUGAGCGUGGUGCGGACAGAGAGGCUUCUGGGACUGUGGAAAGGAAUUUCACCGUCCUUUGUUCGGACCAUCCCAGGAGUGGGGAUCUACUUCAGCACCUACUACUCUCUGAAGCAACACUUCUUCCAGGACAGCAGCCCAGGGGCCGUGGAGGCCGUGCUGCUGGGAGGCGGGGCCCGGACAGUGGCAGGGGUCUUCAUGCUGCCGGUCACUGUCAUCAAGACACGCUUUGAAUGUGGCAAGUACAGUUAUGGGAGUGUGAUCGGGGCUCUGCGCAGUGUGUGUCAGACUGAAGGUCCUGCAGCUCUGUUCUCUGGCCUGAUGCCCACCCUCCUCAGAGAUGUUCCUUUCUCUGGUAUCUACGUCAUGUUCUACAACCAGACCAAGGCCUCAUUGCCACAAGAAAUCCACUCGUCUGCUUCCGCCCCCCUGGCGAACUUCAGCUGUGGGAUCCUGGCGGGUAUACUGGCCUCCCUGAUCACGCAGCCUGCUGAUGUGGUUAAAACACACGUCCAAGUGAAUCCACAGCUGAGGACAGCAGAGGCUAUCAGAUACAUCUAUAUGGAACAUGGACUCCAGGGGUUCUUUAGAGCGGCAGUUCCACGGGCACUGAGGAGGACCAUGAUGGCCGCCAUGGCUUGGACGGUGUACGAGCAGAUGAUGGCCCGUUUCGGACUGAAGUCCUGAAGGGGAGAGUUGAUGAGAAGCGUGUGAAAGACAGAAGAGAUAAAAGUCAAGUCACAGAGUGAAGACGGUAUGGAGUGAACAGGAAGGAACUGCUACAGUGGAGAUGCACCUGAUGAUGUUUUGCUCAUAAGCGUGCCAAAGGCUUUCAAUGACUUCAAAUAUUUCACCGCAACAAGAGGUGUGCAGACUGGUGAACGAAGAAAGCAUCCGCUUGUUGUCUAAAUGCCUACCACGCACAUCACAAGAGAGAUGUGGAGAAUUUGCUCCAUGAAAUGUGCUUUGCUGGGUCAUGGCUGAAGUUCAGGAACCAGACAUUUGGCCUGUGCUUCGAAACCCUGGAGAAAAUAUUUUUGAAAUAAUAUAGUUAUGCUAUGAUGUUCUUUAUUGCACUACAAGUUGUUAAAAAAAAAAUAAAAAAAUCGGGUAAUGAGUAUUUGGACUUCAUUAACUGAGAUUUUCCAUGUUUUCGAAAUGCCUCAGUGGGAAUUCCUGCCUCUCUGGUUUUGACUGCAGUGAUGCAAUCCAUCAUUACUCAAGACAGUGUCCCAGAUACAGCAGACUUCUGUAAUGCACUUUAACCCCCCCAACAGUUCUGUCAGAGCACAGUUUAAAACCUGGAGAGGCUCUUAAAUGCCUUUCCAAUAACACCAUCUUAUUUAUAUUACUAUAUAUUUUUGUAAUCAAAGUAAUAUUUGCUUGUAGUAUUUACUCAGUGCAUUCAUCUGCCUACAAAUGUAAUUAUUUUUGUUUCAAUAUUUGUUGUUUACCAUUGGGAAAAUAUUCAACCUUUUGUUAAGGAUGUUUAAGAAGAUAAAACACUGUACGAUAUAUCUAUGUGGAA